CCCGCCCACGCUUCCUUUUUUGGCGGGGGAAAAAAAAAGGCAGGAGCGCGCGCUCAGCGUCACGGCCGCGAUUCCCGACGGUCCUUUACGCGAGUGGCGUAGCGCGGGAUGGGAGGGGUGGAGGCCGAGAGAACGAAAGCGGCGUCUUUUUUUUUUUUUUUCCCCCUGCUUCCUUUUACGACGCUCGGCUCGGCGGUGCUUGGCGGCCGGCCCGGGCAACCCCCGGCUGAGGGAGGCGAGGCGCGCGAGGAGGCCCGGCGGCAGGCUUUGGGCUUUCUCCAGCAGGUGUAGCCCUGCUUGCACAGAAUGGACCCUGUUGUCCUGAGUUACAUGGACAGUUUGCUGAGACAAUCGGACAUUUCUUUAUUAGACCCUCCCUGCUGGCUUAACGACCACAUCAUUGGCUUUGCCUUUGAGUAUUUCGCCAACGACCAGUUCCGAGACUUCUCCGACCAGGCCUGCUUCGUGGGCCCGGAGGUGGCUCAGUUCAUCAAAUGCACCACCAACCAGGAGGAACUGGCCCUGUUCCUUGAGCCCCUGGACCUGUUGCACAAGAAAAUUGUGUUCCUGGCUAUCAACGACAACUCCAGCCAAGCAGCUGGGGGCACCCACUGGAGCUUGCUAGUGUAUUUCCAAGACAAGGACUGCUUUGCUCACUAUGACUCCCACAGCAGGUGUAACUCUGCGCAUGCCAAGCAGGUUGCAAGGAAUCUGCAGUCCUUUCUUGGCAAGAGGGGCAAAGUUGCCUUUGUAGAAGAGAAGGCCCCAGCGCAGCAGAACAGCUAUGACUGUGGGAUGUAUGUGAUCUGCAACACUGAGGCCCUGUGCCGAGAGUUCCUCCUCCAAGAGCAGCAGGAACCGGUGCUUCAGCUCUUGACUCCUUCGUACAUCACAGGCAAGAGAGAAGACUGGAAAAAAAUCAUUACUAUGCUCUCCAAGAAGUGACCUGUGACUUUCCAGAUAUUGGUCCUUUUUUUAAAAAAAAAAAAUCUUGUUCUCUGUGCCUAAGAGGAGGACUUGUGCACAAGAUUCCCCCCCCCCCAGAAAGAAUGUACUCAUCUUUGCACUUCUGCACUGCACUAUUCUGUGGUGCUAAUCCCUGGGAAGUAGCUACGCCAUCUUCCCUACAGUUUGGAACAGCUGCUGCUUAGCCUAACCUCUUUAUCUUCCCAAAUCCCCGCAUCGCUCAAGUUCUUUGUAUGCUUGUGUGUGCAUGUGUGAGUGAUCCAAUUUUAGUGAUGUCAGUGGCAGACACACGAUAUGCCUCUGUGUAAUUAUGGCAGCUUUCAGUGUCUCUUUUGUAAGCAUCCCUGAAUAUCUGGGAAUUGAGAUCAGAUGAUUGUGCUGCUGCAAAAUUACUGUUAUCACUUGUAUCCAAAGCUUGUCUUGGGACUACGAAGGAGAGAUCCCAUAUUCCUGCUUUUCCGAAAAGGAAGUGGGGGAAAGCUACUUAUUGUGUGAACUUAUUGCCUCCAGUAACUAUGUGCUUUACUGUAGUGGGAGGAAGCCAAAUUGCUGUACAGUACCGUAGCCUUGAAAGCAAGAGAAUCAGCUCCUCUUAUUUCUAGCUCCAUCUCAGCCUCCUGGUUGUUUAACACAGUAAGGAUUUUUUAAGGUGCUGUACUGAAUGAAUGGUAUGAUGAAACUGUUAGAGAAAAAGGAAUUUUCCCUUCAAUAUAUCUAUAUAGAUCUUUACAGAAACUGGAAUUUCUGCACAUCACUUUGAGCACUUUGACCUGGAGAGUGCCUUAAUAGUGCACUGAAUCGAUUUCCCUAAAUUGUAUUCAGCUGGAGCGAAGUCAGGUUUAAUUCCGUUACCUAACAUGGCACCCUAGGAUCUCUGAUUAUAUACUUGUAAAGGCAGGAGGACUCGAGUGUUUUGUGCAAUGAAGAGCUGGAGUUGACUCACAUUCCUUGAGAAUUGCAAAUGCAGACAACUGGCUGGUGUGCUGGUGGCUUUGCUGCAGAGAUUCAACAACACGUUGGGAGAGAAUUUGUAAUAGCCAACCAAGCAGGGAAUUAGUGCUUACUUAUUUCUCAAGUCUUCUUCCUUUUUAAUUGCCGAACAAUAUCUGGGAUUUGGAGUGAAGGUAGAGUCAUGACGGAGAUUCUUCCCUGGUUGUGUGAUGAAGAUUUGCUUUCUUCCUUCUGCUGAAUAUUUGGCUGGGCUGAAAAAUAGUAACCUAUCUUGUUUGGUAACAUACCAAGCCAGGUGGUAUAGCCGUAAAGCCUAUAUUAUGUCCAUCCCCCCUCCCCCAUUAAAUCCUGUUUUAUUGAUUCAUGAUAGAUGCUGCCUCAGCAAAAAAAAAAAUCCUUUUAAAAUGCUGCACAAGGAGCAUCUUCAACAGGAUUUAAGUAACAAGUUCAAUUGUUUUACUGGAUGUUGAAAUUGUUGGGCAGAAGCAUUUUGUAAUUUCUCUUAUUUGCAUAAUUGCAUUAUGUUUGGGGAAAUCUCCAGUCAAAAAUUAAGAAGUAAACUUGAAAAUCUGAAAAGUGA